AUGCACCUCUUCUGCAAGUGUUGCAAGAAGGAGGACAAGGAGACCCCCGCACAGGUGAAACGACUGCAAGAUGAGGUGGACUGCCUUCACUUCGAGAUGACGACCCUGUCAAACAGGUUGUCGGUGCUGAUCUCGGAGAAGGCAGAAGACUCCAGCGAAGUGCACGGGGAAUUCAUUCAGGACACCACCGAGGCGUUGCUGGACAUCACAGGGCGCGUGGAGAGGUUAGAGCUCCUGAGGGACGAGACCAGCAGCCGCCAGAGCCAGGAGAAAGCAAGCAGUGCAGCAAAGACCUACGGAAUUUGGCAUCCAGGCUGGACCGCCAUGAGGAGCGCACGGAGCGGGUGGAGCGCCGGUUGA